AUGGCCUUCCGAUCGCACGUCUUUCGCCUUAUUGCUGCGCAGGAGGGUGCCAGGGCUUGCAUCACCGACACAGACGACGUCGAUCUGACGACAGGCGAUGACGAAGAGUCACCGUUCGAAGGUUCUCAGAUACCGACGAGACGGAGCAGUCAUCAAUCACACUCGACCACAACGAUGAAGCCGCCCGGCAAGCGAUUUCACCAGAGCCCGCCCCAGUCCGCCGUCGCCGUCCGCUGGCUCACGAAGACGAAGAUGAAGACCCAAGCCGUAUUUGCGUAUCCGCCCGAGCCUCUUGCUCUCAUGAUCGAUGUCACCAAGCCCCGACAUCCGUACGUCAUGCCAGAGAAGGAAACUCGCCCCAAUCUCGAGUAUUACCACGCAUUCAGAACUGAAGCUCGAAACGCGCUCGCACGUGGCACUGCGUUACCUAUCCCCUCUGCACGCAUAAGUCCCUUCCUGCAGAAGCUCAAGGGCAGUCUCAAGGAGUUCGACAAGAUUACGAAACGCCGUGAGCAUCGGGAAGCUGGAAGUCCUCCGCAGCUCCUGCUUCGAGCUCGAGACGCGCAUAUUUGGCACAGAGAUGCAGAUCAGCAAGCUCAACAUGAAGACAACACCCGGCGCUAUGCUGGUCAUAUUGUCUACUUCCAGUCGGGUCAGAUCGCUAGUGAGCAUCAAAAACUCCUCCAUCGAAAAGGUGAACGUCAGGUCAGCGACCAUAAGACUGCCUGGCGCAAGAAGUACAUGGACUGGACCCGAUCGACUCAACAUGCCAUUCUUCAGCUAUUCAAGGACGCCAUCGAAUCUCUCACCGCCCUGUACACAUGGGAUGUUCUCUCUCGCUGCACACAAGCACAGAUGAACGAGAUCUUCGAAGGUAUCUUCAUGAAGCAUGAGCUUGCCCAUGCUAUGGCGAUGUUCUCACGAUGUGCUGGCAGUGUUGACUUUGAAGGCAUCUUCCUGAAGAGUACUAUCCCUGCUGAGGAGGAGUAUCGCAAGAAAUUCCGUCGGGCGAUCAAGUUCAGAUUCAUCAAGGCCUGCCAGUGGACCUGGACCUAUCGUGUCAACGUGGACCAAGAACUAGAGCGGUAUUACAAGGAAACUGCCUUCGAGAAGUGGCGAAACCUGGUCACAGAUAAUGAGGAAUACCAGAAGGUGCUGGAAGGUUUCAACAACGUCGACUCUGUCCCGACCCCGUCAGAUACCGACCAGGCACAAAACAACGAUGGUCUCUUCAAGAGCUAG